AUGAUGGGGAAGAUUCCCUCAUUCUCCCGCGGCUCCACAGUGAGCUCCGCUCUGCCCGGCUAUGUCGCUCUCUGCCUCACUCUACAGGUUCACAGGCUGGUGUCAGCACAGUUCACAGUGACUGGACCUGACCAUCCAAUCACCACCUCCGUAGGUGGGGAGGCAGUCCUGCCCUGCCACCUCUCCCCCAGGAUGAGUGCUGAGAACAUGGAAGUGCGAUGGUUCCGAUUCCAAUAUCAUUCAGUUGUCCACCUGUAUCAGGAGGGACAGGAUAAGUAUGAAGAGCAGAUGCUGGAAUAUCAUGGGAGGACAGAGCUGCUGAAAGAUGGCAUCACUAAUGGGAGUGUUUCCCUGAGACUAUACCAGGUCCAGCUCUCUGAUCAUGGGCAGUACACAUGCUUUUUUCAAUACAGUAUCUUUUAUGAAGAAGCCAUAUUGGAACUGAUGGUAUCAGCUAUGGGCUCGGACCCCCACAUCUCUGUUGAUGGUCACCAGGACAGUGGAAUCCGGGUUGUGUGUCAAUCGGCCGGGUGGCACCCAGAACCUGAGGCUCAGUGGAGAGAUCGCCAUGGGCAGCUGCUAUCAUCUGCCUCUGAAAAAAUAUCCAAGGCGGACAAUGGCCUAUUUCAAACUCAGAUUUCUAUUGUUAUAACAGAAGAUUCCAACCAGAAUUUGUCCUGUUCUGUCAGGAACCCACUCGUCAACCAAGAUAAAAUAUCAACAGUUUUCAUAGCAGAGCUGUUUUUCCCAAGGGUCAAUCCCUGGCUGGUGGCUCUGGGUAUGAUCCUGGCUAUUCUCAUUGCCCUGGCCAGUUACUGCUUCUGGAGGCAACACAGAAUGAGAGAGAUGCUGCGAUCUGACCUGGCGAGACAGAAAG